AUGAACGAUCAGUAUGCUGACACUGAGCGAAGCGGCAGAGCACCGCCAGAAACAGUCCCUGCGGAAACCAUGCAUUUGAAGAAGGGAGGGGGGAGAAAAAAGAAGGACGACAAUGCCACGGGGGGAGUAGCCGCAAAGGAAGGACCCGCAAGGAAUCAAGGAUCAACAAAUGAUGCAUCAACGGAUAAAGGCGAAAUGAAUGAAGCGGCAAAGUCGAAGCUAGGAGCAUCACCGAGAAAGCAAAGUAACGAAAUGGUGAGGAACAAUGAUGACCCAGAUAGUUGCAGUGUAUACGACGACAUGGUUGAAAAGAAUAAAAAUUUUUCGGAGAGCAUAAUUGCUAAUCUUAAUGAUAAUAUUUUCGAGCAGAACGAUGCCUUCACUAAUGAGAAGGGAAAAGGAAAGCAUUCCAUGGUGCAGGAAGAAAUGGCGAAUGGAAAGCAGUUAGAUGCUCACACCGGGGUAGGGAGAAGCAGUGGUAGUGCGUCUUCUUCCUCUUCUCUCCAUAUGCAGGAUGGAAGAGUCUCCAUGUUGUCCAAGGAUGAGAUCGCAGAGGAGGAAGGAAUAAUAACCCAGCAGAUGGAACAGUCAAGGAGAAACAACUCUACGACGGAGGGAAACGAAAAAGAAAAGUUUGUCUUCCCAAGUAAGGUGAAGAAAACAAGUUGGAGUAAAGAAAAGGCACCAGAAAAUGUUUAUGAUGAGUACAACCAUAAUGUUAUAUACCACGAAUUGUACGUGGAACUGUUACAGGUAAAUAAAAAUCUACAGAAUGAAAUAAAAAACCUGAGGAAGAUAAUCGACAUGCAAAAACACUUAAUAAAAAGUAGGGAAGACUUAUUUGAUAGUGGUCAUAUGAAUGAGAAGAACAAAAACAGUAGUAAAAAAUUUGUGAACAAUAACUAUUUUUUAAAUUUUUUUAAUAAAAAAAAAAAAAAAAGUAAAGAGGGUUUUGCCCAUGUGCCAACUGGAUCAGGGGUAGAGAGGGCGUCGGCUAGGAUAUCGGCCUAUGGGAGUAUCAGAAAUAAUGAGGAGGUGGACGAGAAGGAUGAUGGGUACUGGAGUAAGGGGGAGAAGAAUAGACUCUCCAGAUGGAAGCGGAUGGACAACAACAGUGACGACCUUGGAUACUCAUCGGUGGAGAUGAACACAAUGGAUAAUAGGGAGGAUGUGCAUGAUCAUAAAAACGAGUAUGUGCAGUUGCCGGUGAGUGAGAACGAGGGUUCUGUCCUAUCGGAUAAUCCAAGCGGUGGAGCCAGUUGCUACGACAACCACAGUGACAACAAUAGUCGUACCCCAGUGUGUGCUACCAACGAAGGGAGCCAGUUUUUCAAGGGGGGCAACUACCAAGGUCUUGAGGGGCAAAAUCACACGGAAAAACAAAAAAGUUACGAGCACGGUUACGAAGGUGUAAGGAAAGUGGACAGAGAAGGAGAGGUAAACGAAAUGCCUGUCAAUUUGGAGGAAAUAACAACCGUGACAUUAUGGUAUGAAGAAAUCCUACCUUUGGUUAACAACGAAAAAAAAAGAAAAACCUUAAUCGACCUUAUGAUUACCAAUUACAUGCCCAUUGUUAUCAAAACAUAUUUUUGGGAAAUUAAUAUUAUAAAUAAGCUAAAUAUAACUGAUUAUUUUGUUCAAAUAUUAAUAAAGAACACGAACUUUAUCCAGUCUUAUGUUUAUACAAACAACAAGCAGUACCAUAACCAUGUGAGUAGAUACUUUAAGUCGUUAAUUACGUUUCGAAAUAGCAACGUUGGAGGGGUUCAGUCAGAUGGAGGUGCUAUGGUGGAUGAUGCGAGUGGGAAGGAAGCCACUAGCGGGGUAACUGAGAAAAGGGAAGACAACACGAAGGAGAACAUUGAUAUGGGGGAGAAGCCGCAUGGUGCGGAGGCGAAGGAGGGGGAAAGUGUGCAAAGGAAGGAGGAGGAUAACUGUAUUGCCGGGUUGAACCUUCUGCAGCGUUUCUCAUUUCAGAAAUUCUUCUACCAAAUUCUGAUAGACCUGGACAGAACCUUAUAUAUAAUAAAGAAGAAUCAAGAAUAUUUCAGAAAGCACCGUGUAUGUACGGACAGUUUUCUGUUGACACUGGACCUGGGAGAGACAAAGGCAAAGCUGAACACACUGCUCCAGAUGUACGUUGUGUUUAAGCCAGAGUUGGGGUACGUUCAAGGGAUGUCCUACAUCGCUCUGGUGUUCUUGCUGUACUGUAAUUUGGAGAAGGCCUUCGUGCACUUUGCUAACUUUAUGGAGCGAAAGGAAAUUUACAACCUCUACAGCUUCAACAACAACGAAAUAAAAAUUUAUACUUACAUCAUCAAGGAAAUAUUGAACAAACAAAAUGUGGAAAUCUACAAGGAGAUCUGCAAGCAGUAUAACAUCGAUAACAUUUUCAUUCAGUGGAUCUAUACCAUUUUUUUGACGUGUCUUCCCUUUCACAUUUUCAUUCGCCUAUUCGACAUAUACCUUUUUAAUGAAAAAAUAAUUUACGAGACAAUCCUGUGCAUUUUCAGCUACUUCAACAAAUUUCACCAUGUUGAGAAUGUGGACGUCGUGGUGAAGAAUUUGUCAACCUUUUCGUUCAACACGCAUAUACAGGAAGACAAAUUCUGGUCCCUGUUGAAGAAAUCCAAAAUUAAGAAAAGGAAAAUUGUCUACUACCGGGAGAAGUACUUCAAGGCACACAGAGAAGUUUUAAACGAAAAGUAA